ACCUACAGUGUAUAUAAGUAGUCUCGCUGCAGACAGUAAUUGAUAAGCUCUGUGGUUUAUCUAUAGAGGAAAUAAUUAAAUCUGUUUCAUCAUGGCGAUCUGGUUAUUGCUGUCUUACUGCAUUGUGGUAGCUAAUGCCGUUUACUGGGACGAACAUAGCUAUGCAGGAGGAAGUGGAGGUUUUGGAAAGUACGUUGUAAGCCGAGAUACCUUGAACUCACCUGAUGGUAAAUCAAUUAUCGAUGAGCUCACAGAGAACGUGGAUGAGUUAUAUAACCUGCUUCAACAGGGAAUCGCUGUUGAUGUGUUUGAGAAUAAAGUCCAAAACCUUCAGGCGAAAGCUAAAAACUACUUAGACGAAAAUGGCAUUAAUGUUCCCGAUGCCGACAUCAUAGAAGCUCUACAGGAAGUGUCUGCAGGUGUUAAUGACAGCGGUAUUGUUACUGCCAUAUUUGAAGGCCCUAUAGAGUAUGAAUCCAGAAGAACAGUGAACUGUAUGCUAAUGCUGAGGGCACUCGUGGAAAAAGCUGCAGAAGUAAAAGAUAGCGACUACAACCGCUACAUAGCUGCAGUAGAAAAAAUAGCGGGUGUUCUCCCCUUGACAUUGCAACACGCAGGUAACGGCCCACAUUAUCAGGUCAUUUUGUAG